GCGGGAACUAACAAUUUUUAUUUCUCGUGCGUGGAGCAGUAAAGUGUAUUAAUUUAUUGAAAUAAUUGCAACACUCUCAUCCCGUUUUUGCACUUUCGCAUAAUAUUAAAUACAACAGGUGUAAAUGAAAUAAUAGAAAAAUGAGUUCCCUGCAACAAGGUAGCAGAUUCUUACCUUUUUCAAAUAACAAUAUACAAAGGAAACAAUUAUCAAUGCAAGGAGGUCUUCCACAAAGUUUGAGUGGCAGUGAAACUGAUGUUUCAACAUCAAACGAGAAUUUAACCAAUGAAGAUCGCUAUGUUAUAAGACAUACAGCUCGCCAAGAACCUCAAGGUCAAGAAAAUCAGCAGCAAAGCCCAUCAAGAUCUUCCAGUCAUAAAGAAAAUAUACCAAAUAUACAAGGUAACCUGCUCAACAGAAACAGUUUGAAGGACAGUUUAAAUGGUUCAAACAGGAACAGUUUAAAGGAGAAUUUGAAUGGUUCUAAUCGAAAUAGCCUUAAAGAUAGCAUUAAUGGUUCUAAUAGAAAUAGUUUGAAGGAUAAUUUAAGCAACCGUACCAGUGUAGGUUCAAAUAGAAGUAGCUUAGAUGUGUCUACAAGUUCUUACAAUACACUUAUUAUACACAAUGCUAAUGAUGAUAAUUCAUGGUUACCAUCUGGAAGGUUGUCAGGUGUUGUAAGAGAACAUGGAGAUAUGAGUUACUUAUAUUGUGAUGGUGGUGGAAAAGGACAUUCAAAUAGUCCUACUAUGCAGUCUUUAUCAAAUUUAUCUCAUGAAGAUCAUGUCUACGAGCAACCUAAUAAUGGAGGAUGUCAAGAAAUUACAGACAUACCAGACGAUUAUCUUAGUCAAUCACAGGUAUUAAAACAUCUUGCAAAAGAAGUUAAAGUACCAUCUUAUAGCAAGCUAACAAAUAACGGAGGAAAUAUUGAUAUGAGAAUGAGAGAUGGUGAAAGAGGUAAACAGAACGAUAGUGAAUCAGAAGAUAGACCACCACCUUCAUAUAUGUCCGUCUUGUUGCCACUGAAAAAUAAAUCUCGACUCCUUGGCCCAAUGGAAAAAUUGACAUUAUCAAGAUCGCAACCUGAUUUAUCUAGAAUUGGCAAACCAGAUAUGGAUAAUUACAAUUUGCGAACCACUUCCCCACGACCUCAAACGAAAGGGAGGGAGGAGACGGAAUCUGCAACGGGUGAAAUUUGGCCACCAUCGGAGAUGAUACAAAUUGUAAUUCAAGAAAACAGUGCUUUAAAAUUAGAAUUAGAACGGUGUUAUAGUAAAGUUGCUAAAUCUCAAAAAUUGGAACAAGAAAUCGCGAAGGUACAUCGGGCUCAUGAAGAAUUGGCUGCAUCGAGUGAACGAAGAGAGAAACUGGAACGAGCUGCUAGAUUGAGGUUACAAAAUGAUUGCAGACGAUUAACCGAAUUAAAUCGUGCCUUACGAGAUCAAAUAGAUUUAUUAUCGGCACGUACUGAUAGUCCUCCGAUCGUGGAAUCUAUGAGGAAGGAAUUAACGCAACGAGAAUUAUUAAUUGGUCAAUUGAUUACUCAAAACAAAGAAUUAGCCGCGGCGAAAGAAAGACAGGAAAUCGAAUUGGCAGCACAACGAGCAACGUUACAGGAGCAACGUACACACAUAGAUAUUUUAGAUACUGCUCUCACUAAUGCACAAGGCAAUGUCGUACGCCUUGAGGAAGAGUGUCGGAAGAAACAAGUAUAUGUAGAAAGAGUAGGCCAACUUCAACGAGCUUUGUCUUCUCUUCAAGCAUCCAGUGACAGAAGAGAAGAAACAGAAAGACAGCUGAGAGGUCAAUUAGAACGGGAAUUAAGAGAAGGCGGUGGCGGCGGCGGUGGUGGUGCUAAUGGUAAUGAACAAUCUUCCAAUGGAGAAACGAUCGCAGAGUUAAAACGACGAAUACGCGAAAGAGACGAAAAAAUUAUGUCGCUGGAGGGUGACGUUGCGAAAUGGGAGCAACGUUAUCUCGAAGAAAGCGCACUAAGGCAAGCGGCAAUUGAUGCAGCCAGUCUACCAAAAGACGCAAAGAUAGCUGCAUUAGAAAAAACAAGUCAAGAUGCUGAGAAAUUAAUUGCAGAGGCACGGUCUGAGAAAAUGAGACACAUGGAUGAAGUACACGCUGCACAGAAAAAAUUGGCUGAUUUUGAAUCUAGAAUGAAGGAUUUAGAAUCGAAAUUAGCUGAGAGGGAUGCUAUGAUUAGAGUUCUUCAGAAACAUACAUAUGACAAGGAUAGUAGUAGCAGCAGUGGUGUUGGCAGUUAUCCUGCUGCACAUUCGUCUCAUUCAAGUACAUCAGCGGAUCAUCAUACUGCACUGACAAGCACGCCAGAACUCGUAAGCAGUGUAUUGGGUGGUGGUAGUGGUUAUGGAAGUACUGGUUCGUACGGUGUUACGGACAGUUACAAGUAUAGGAAGCAGGGCAGUUUUGAACAAACGAAUAAAAGUCUCGAUGAUCAGUUAAAAGAACUAGACUCCCAGCUACUUAGUAAGCGGGCACUUUGCUGUUUUCCAGGAUUCUCUAAUCCAGGCACUGCGUCGCGAAAAGGAAAAAUACCCAAGCCAUUAUUGGCGGGUGUAGAUAGCACAGGCACCUCGAGCACUGCCUCAAGUAAGAGUCGCCUAUUGGACGACUCUGGUGGCGAAGUCUCGCCGGGUAUCAUGGAAUUUGCGAGUGCAGCCUCGAGGCUGAAAGGCACUGUAUCGAGGUUGUCGGAUGGUAAGCCUGAAGACAUGAUGCUAUUGGAGAAGCAGGGCAGAAGCUCGCAGAGACAGAGAAUGCAAGAGGGUGAACCACGCCGUGCGGGUAGUCUUCCUCCCAGUUCGUUACCGCGACCGCCGAAGAAUCUGAAGUCGACGAGCUCGCGUUAUUGUAGACUGAGCGACACGGAGACUCGUAAGAAAUCGGAUCCAGGUCCGACUUUGGACACGUCGGCGAGCAUGAAGGUACGCGAUACGAGCAACUGCACCAUCGAGUACGGCAGAUUCGAUACGAAGGCUCAGCGUCGAAAGAAAUCAUCCGGAACGGAACAGUUGGUCAUUAAUAACUCGCUGAAAAAGCCAUCGUCCACAACAAGCCACGAGUACGAGCGUCUCCAAGGUGAAAAUAUUCGUAAGAAACAAGCCUCGGGUUCAGAAACGAAGCACAGGGAAAUUCAGAGUCGCUCCCUGAUACCUCCACCGUCUCGUCGCAUCGGGGAGUACGGUCGCCUCAGUGAUGGUACCUCGAGGAAGCAGACUGGUUCACGAGGACAAAGUACUGGAAGCACAGUAAGCAGCAAGAGCGGAGGACGCGAUUCCGGCGGCACUGCUAGCAGCGAGGCGUCAACGUCAUCGUUGCCUCCUUCCAAAGCGAGAUCCAUUCCUCGCCCGAGCAAUUACCGCAUUCAGUUUUAAUUUAUAACGUUCAAUAUCGAGCUAGUCUUCCCUGUUUAAAGAUUAUCCUUUAAAGAGAUCGAGUUCUCUCGAGCGUGUAACGAGCAAGUCCGGGGUAUAAUUUUCCGUACUUUAUCUUCCAUUUACGAGAAUCUUUCUUAGCAAACAUUGGUAUACAUGCUUAUUCCACUGUCUUUACUUUUGUAUUGCUUUUUCGACGAACGAUGGAAAAAUUUCUUUCUGGUAGAUAUGUAAGAGAGGAGCACAGCAAGAUCGAAUGGUUAAGUGUUCGAGCGGAAGCGAACGAUGAACAACAAAUAAAAUGGGAGGUAGAUUAAUGAAUUAAGGAGAAAAUCAAGAACGUUGACCGGUUUUGAGAGCGUCUCUGCUUCGCCUUUCAGCACUUCAGAUCCUAUCUAGAAGUCCUAAUGUACGUAUGCGCGAGCGAUACGUCUACACAGCCAUAAUAUUAAACGAUAUAUUAGUUCCCUUUAUUACCAUUAAUAACGGAGAAGUGAAGCCAAUCGCCACGACAUAGCGAGGAACCAACGAUAUAUCGUUGCGUAGCGAUAAUGCAUGACCUAGUCAUUACCAAAGUAACUUCUGUAAUGAGAACGGAAUUGAUUUCCUCUUGUUUCGUACGCACCUACGUCUAGCAAUAUUGCGGCUUUUUUUCAUCAACAAUUUAUUCGUAUAAGGGAAACGCGAAAAACAAGUGCCUUGUUAAAGACUGCGAAAACGAAAAAAUACACGUUCGGGGUACAACUAGGGAUAAGAUUAUACAUUCAGGAAUACUUUCAGAAUUCUACAGGACCCGGGUCUUUAAUAAAAUUGAUCGCUUGAUCCUUAACUAGAACGCGUUAUUUUUCAAACUUGUAUUUUACAAUUUUUAGCCAAGAGUUCGUCAAGAGUAUCGCAUUUCUGCUUCGUGCCUUAUGAAAAAAGCAUUUCCUUUUCCUCUUUUUCUUUUUUUUUUUUUUU